AGGCAUGCCCUCUAAGAGCCCCUCUCUCACAGUGAAGGCCAAACAGGCAGAUGGCUCUUCCCUCAGCUGGACCAUGAAGAGGUUCCUGGAGCCCGUCAGCAGGCAAGGGUCUCUGAGUUCAGAGGCGGAGCUAUCUCAGUACUUUUCCCAGGAAGUAACCAGUCAUUCGUCGCUGUCGGAAACCAAUGCGAUGGGAUCCAGUGAUGACGACAUGCUCCACCACAGGAGCUGUAACACCUCAAUAGACGACACCCCCGCCACUCAGCCACAUGGGUUAAAAGAUGCCUCCGGUGUGGGAGUGGAGAACAGUGUGGGGGUCAGAACAGAUGAUAAGGCUCCCGGUGUCCCGGUGUUGAACCGGCCAGUGGAGAGCACCCAGCGCCAGCCCAACGUGUGUAGUCCUGGUAGCAGCUCCGUCCGUAGCCCACUGCUCCGACAGAGACGAGUCAUCUGCUAUGACGAUGAGGUCAGCGAUGAUGAAGAUGCUGUUACCCUGCCCUUCCGCCAGGUCGCUGGUCGUGUUACCGCCAUGGGGGUGGUUGCUGACUCUGGCAUCAUGUUCUCUACGUCAUCAGUGGAGGUGGACGAGGAGAGUGAAGGCCCACAUAUCCUGCUUCAUAGUAUCUCUCUGGAGUCAGAGGAAGGGGUCGCUUUCGUUCCUUCCUCCGGCGCCGAAUCACCCUUCAUGCCUAUCCGUCGGUCGGACCACCACCAGAACCUCGGGGGAGGAGGAGGGUCUUUCCCCACGACAGGCCCCAGUAACCUGGGUGUGAGGAUGGACCCUCAGGGCCCCCUGGAGCCCAAGCYCUCCCCUAAGCUGGAACACAAGGCUGUGACCCGCGUCAAGAGUAUGCUGAGCAUCGAGGCCCCGCCCAUCCAGCCAACCAAUCAGCAGAACCAGAGACCCAAAGGAGAGGAGUCUCCAAUGUCCCCAUCCUCCCAGCCUCUGGUCCCUGAGCCUGGGGUUGUCUCCAGCCGCUCCCUGGGCCGGCCUGGGUCUKACCCCAACCCCCUCUGUAAGAAGGGCGAGGCCUGCAGCGAGCUGGCGGGGGUCUGCACCAUCGACAGGGUGGUCCUGAGGAGGAGUGAGGAAGAGUCCUUCGGUCUGGACCUGGAYAUCAGAUCCUCUCCUCUGAAGGUGGUGAUCACUGGACUGAGGCUCGGAGGAGCGGCCGAGAGGGAAUCCCGGGGCAGGAUGUGUGUGGGGGACGAGAUCGUGUCGAUUGGGGACACACCCAUGUGCUCCUCGUCCUAUCACGACAUCUGUGAGCUCAUGCACAACCUUCCCGUGACGCUCACGCUGGAGGUCAAGAGGCCCAUGUCGGCUGUAGAUCGCCUGUCCAGCCUCAUGAUGUCAUCGGGGAGUUGUGAUGUCAUGGGACCCUCCAGACUUCCCCAGGAAGCCAAUGGGGGGGCUCCAAAUCCAGGAAGUCCCUCCUCCUCCUCACUGACCAAUCACAAUCCCAAACCCACAACCCCAAUCAACCACAACCACAGCAAUGAUAUACCGGUCACCGUCAUUGAUGACGUCAUGACCAGACUAAGCUCCUCCGAUGUAAAGAGCGCCCUCUCUUCCAAUACCCUCAAAGCCCCUUCAGAAGCACAACGUACUGAGACUAUGACCUGUAAGUCAGCUGUAGACAGCAAGGCCCUGCCAGAGAAGGAGAAAAGCACAGUUCAMACUCCUCCAACAUUGCCCAGUCAGUUGGAUUUCUCUGUCUUGGACUCUGGAAAGAAAUGCUGCCUCAUGCCUGCGGGUAAAACAUUCUUGAACAAUUACUCCAGAAACRUUAGCAGUAAUCUCACAGACAGGGUGGGGAGACCCCCCGGUGCCUCUGCUGCCGAUUCGAACUGCAACAUGUACAACAUGGUCGGCGACAGUGAUUCGGAGAGCGAAGACACUGCCACCGACAACAGCCGUGGCGAGCCGGCGAGCCGCGGUGUCGGCCCUGAGCCCCAGGACACGGAUUCUGAUGAGGAGGAAGUGGAGAUGUGUUACAGUGAGGCCCAGCGGCCCAGCACUCUGGGUCAGGCAGCGCUGACUCACCUAACAGAUGGGCCAUUGUCUCCACAGCUCCCUAUCUCUAUCUCUGGCUCUGACGGCAGCCACAGUACAAAGGAGACUGGGCCCUUUGAUGUAGCACUAGACUCUGCUGCUUCCUCCUCCUCCGCUGUCACUACUGCUUCAGCGGCCUCCCAGCAAAACGAAGACUGCUCUGUUGUAACAACCCAAUCCAACCCCGAUCACAAACCAUUCCCCUCACUGUCUCAGGGUCUGCCUGCCUCUGGCUCUCAAUCCUCAGGUGCCUGUCUGGCUGUGGAGGCCAAAGGUUCCCCCUGUCAAGUAAUGCCCCGCCAGUCUUCCAACAACACAGAUUCUGUGGCCACUACGAGCCCUGCAGGGCCUUCAGAAUGUGGUGUCAACAGGGUUUGUGACACUGUUAUAACACAUCCAAUCAAACCAAGCCAUUCUCCUUCGUUAAGCGUCUGUAGUACCCACAUUGCAGCAGCUAGCCACAACAUCGCGCGACAGAGUCAGGAGAGGUCAGCCCGACUCCGUACAAACGUUUCACCGGCUGCGGCUUUAGGGAAACUAUCUAACCCACAAUCGUCAUCAUCCCACUCAACGGUAGGGGAGGCAAUUCCCUCCAACUAUAGCAAUGUCUGGUCAGGCGCAUCUAAACCAUCGUCAACAUCGCUAACAACAAGGUACAGUGAGAAAGUUCCCUCAUCAACAUCGCUAACAACAAGAGACAGGGAGAAAGUUCCCUCGUCAACAUCGCUAACAACAAGAGACAGUGAGAAAGUUGCCUCAUCAACAUCACUAACAACAAGAGACAGUGACAGAGAGAAAGUUCCCCGUCAAAUCGCUAACAACAGAGACAGUGAGAGAGAGAAAGUUCCCUCGUCAAUAUCGCUAACAACAAGAGACAGUGAGAGAGAGAAAGUUCCCUCUCAAUAUCGCUAACAACAAGAGACAGGAGAGAGAGAAAGUUCCCUCAUCAAAUCGCUAACAACAAGAGACAGGGAGAGAGAGAAGUUCCUCGUCAACAUCGCUACAACAAGAGACAGGAGAGAGAGAAAGUUCCCUCGUCAACAUCGCUAACAACAAGA